AUGUCGUCUGAUAAUCAAACUCCAAGUGAUAAUUGGGAAGAUGCUGAAACUGAAUAUUCUUCCACCCUUUCUCCGAAAGUCGAAUUUAAAUUUAAUACUGCCGCUAAAGAAUUUGUUCCAAGUUGGUUACAAAAUGAUAAUGAAAAUGCAGUGGUUGAUUCUGAAAUCCUUCAUGAAUUUUAUGGAAAAGAACAUGUUAAUCUUGUUUUUAUAGGUCAUGUAGAUGCUGGAAAAUCUACCAUGGGUGGAAAUAUUUUAUACUUAACAGGAAUGAUUGAUCAAAGGACUAUGGAAAAAUAUGAAAAAGAAGCAAAAGAACAAAAUAGAGAAUCGUGGUAUUUAUCUUGGGCAUUGGAUACUAAUAAAGAAGAAAGAGCAAAGGGUAAAACAGUUGAAUGUGGUCGAGCCUACUUUGAAACUGAUAAACGACGAUAUACAAUUUUAGACGCACCUGGUCAUAAGAAUUAUGUACCUAGCAUGAUUGGUGGAGCGGCUCAAGCCGAUGUGGGAAUCUUAGUGAUAUCCGCUCGAAAAGGAGAAUUCGAAACAGGAUUCGAAAGAGGAGGUCAAACACGUGAACAUGCAGUACUAGCUAAAACUUCAGGUGUUAAUAGAUUAGUGGUGGUUAUUAAUAAAAUGGAUGAUUCUACUGUGAAAUGGUCAAAAGAUAGAUAUGAUGAAUGUGUUACCAAACUUACACCAUUCCUUAAAGGAAGUGGAUAUAAUCCAGCAACAGAUAUUGAAUUUAUGCCAGUAUCUGGAUUUACAGGAGAUAAUAUUAAGAAACGAGUACCUGAAAGUGAUAUGGGAACAAUAGUGGUUGGGAAAAUAGAAUCGGGUGUAAUUAAAAAAGGGGAAACUGUUUUGAUUAUGCCAAAUAAACGAUCAGUAGAAGUAUCAGCAAUUUAUAAUGAAUUAGAAGAUGAAGUACCAGGGGCGACUUGUGGGGAUAAUGUUCGAUUGCGUAUACGAGGAAUAGAAGAAGAAGAAAUUUCAUCCGGAUUUGUUGUGUGUUCACCGACGCGACCUGUUAAUACCACAUCCGUAUUUGAAGCUCAAUUGGCUAUUUUAGAACAUAAAAAUAUUAUUUGUGCGGGUUAUAGUGCAGUUCUUCAUAUUCAUUCUUGUGUAGAAGAAGCACUUUUACAUUUACUUGACAAAAAGACGGGUCGAAAAUCAAAGAGACCACCACAAUUUAUUAAAAAGGGACAAAAAGUAAUUGCUAGAUUUGAAUCCGCUGGUCCUAUUUGUGUUGAGUCAUUCGAUAAUUAUCCACAAUUAGGUAGAUUUACUUUACGUGAUGAGGGUAAAACUAUUGCUAUUGGGAAAGUUACUAAAGUUAUCAAUGAUGAAGUACAAGAGGAUAAUUAG